UCAGCUGCUUCCCGCACGUCACCACCACCAGGUGCGCCAUUGGCUGCACCUACUGCUUAUAUUGAUAUAUCCUUCAUGCUGUAAAAAUAAGAAUUAAAAUUUGCUGCGUACAUAUAUCAAAAUAUAAGUACUUUGUGUGUGUAGUGGUGGGGGAGACUCGUUCAGUACAGUGUAUAACUGAGAUGUCGAGAAGUUGACAGUCGGGGUGCCUGGAGCAAGGAUCGGCCAGGAUUGGUGUGUUCAGAUUUUCGUCUCGGGGAAGAUAGUGGCCGGGGGCGGCGCCUUGCACUAAUCAAUACGGACACUGGUUUACAUGCCAUGGCCUCCCCGCUUGGUGAAGAAAACCUGGAUGAUGUUCCGAUUGAUGACUUCAAGGGCACCACCCUCCGCCUGGAGCCCGCCUCGGGCCAGCCCUCACGGAGUGUGAGCCCCAGCGGGGACGCCGCCCCCAGGUUCAUGGAGGAAAGAAGCCGACCCACCUUGCGCACUGCCAUCAGUGACCCUACUGCAGAUGCAGUUACUCCUCCAACGCCUGACCAAGCAAAUAAUUUUUACUGCAGUCAAGGAUUGAGUCGGUCUUUUUAUCAACAACCUCCGAUUGGCCGACCUCGGAGAGCUUCAUGGCAUGCAGAGACUGGUACAGAGCCUUGCAUAGAUGAGUUUUUCUCUGUCAGAGUUGGCACCUUAGAGCAGGCUAUAGAGGAGUGCCGGCACUUGACAGUUCCAGAAAAUGAUGGCCCUAUAAAAGGAGCAUGGCUCUUAACGGAGAUCAAUCACUGGGACAUAGAAAAAGAACGAGUAGUACUUUUAUGUGAGAGAUCCCUCUUAGUUAUAAAGUAUGAUUUCAUUGCUCUCCGGUCCUUAGAAUUCACUCGCAUCAAUCUUACUUCCCUGGAAAACCUUCAGAUUGGGGAAUUGACAUACCCCAGCCAUUCUCUUGUACCGCGCAUAAGUGGCAUAGCUGGAGGUGUGGUGACCGUCAUUCGCAGCUGUUUGUUGAAUAGGCUUCAGAAUACUAUUGCCACCAUCAGCUCCAAAGCAACAGGAUCUCCUCGCAAUGUGCCAAAAGAAUCCUCCACUGAAAAGCAAUUUUCUCUCUCAGCAGUCAGUUUUGAACCAAGGGCUCGCAACAUGCAAGGUUUUCGUGUGACAUGGAACAAUGGCCACCAGAUAUCUUUUGCUCAAAAAUGGAAUCCUUGGAGUAGAGAUAUUCCCUACACCACAUUUACCUCACACCCACUGUACUGGUACACAGGUUGUGAAAAUGGUUUUUAUGAUGCCAAGAGCUUAUCUAAGGAGUUGAAGAUUGCAUUAGAGCAAAUGCAAGAACAGCAGGAAGGGGUAGCCACCUGUACUAUCUCUCAGGGCCCCAUUGUUAUUGAAAACUACUUAGGCAUUGCUUCUCUUCUUCAUAAUGCCACAGAACUUGGCUUCUUCAAACUUCGAGGUAAAGUGAGUUUUUAAGUGUGUGUGUGUGUGUGUGUGUGUGUGUGUGUGUGUGUGUGUGUGUGUUUUCUCUCAUCAUUAUUACUUUCUCUUGAAUUGCUCAGGGGGCUGGGUGGCUAUGGUAGAGUGCUCAACUUGUGGCUGUGAAGGUCAUGAGUUCAUGCAUCUAUAACAGCAGUUACUCAGUGAGGGAGGUAGCACUCUCUCAUAACCCUAGUGGGGCUACGCGGAUGUUGUUCUCUAUGUCUUGGGAGUCUUCUUUUUGAAUAGCUCAGAGGGAAAUGUGCAUGAUGUAGAGAAUAUUCAGGCACACAUUUCACAUGGUGUCAGUUGUUAGUGUGUAUAUCUUUAUACAGUCUUUAUUUAUGCCAGAGUGAAUAUUUAUACAGAUUUUUUUUUUGCAUAUGAUGUCACUAGCCUAGUCUGUUCUAGUUCCUUAACAAAGUCUUGCAAUGUUUCUUUCCUUAUUUAAGAUAUUGCAGGUGUUUAUGUGAAUAUUGAUAUUUUAUUGUGACAUUAUUUGGAAGAAAAUGGUUAUUUGGACCAGUUAUAGCAAGUUAUGUUAGAAAUAUUGUGUCAGGAUAUUGUGCCAUACUUGUCAAUCUUAUUGAUGAGUACAGCACUUUAGACAAUUUUUUCUAGUCCUGUAUACUUAAUAUAGAUGUUACAGCACCUUAAUUCUUAGUACUUGUAUUGAAUUGCCCAAGGUUUAGGUGCUUUACUUUUUAUCAAGUGAACUUUUAUUUUAAUUCAAGGCUUGAAACACAGUAGCUGUGGCAUGUAUGAACAGAGUAAUUUCUAUGACAAAUUUAUAUUUUUUUAUGAAAAUGUUUAAGAUAAACAUUCAUAAUCUGCCACAUUUUAUCCACACAUUUCACACCCCGUUCCUUUAGGAACCCUGUGCUGAUGGGUGGUCAUGGCAAGGAAGAGUCCCUAGUUAUUCCUUUUCUUUUAGGCAUACAAUCCCUGCAAUCCAGAGUUCUUUCACCCUCUCUUGAUUUUUAUUUAUUUUUUUCACAUGUUCCAUUCUUCUUUUCUUUAGUAGAUAGUUCCUUAUUUUUUGUUUUCUUACACAUUUGAACAAACUCAUCAUUAUAUUGUCUUUUCUCAUAUCUAAAUGAUUUCAUGAUAUUUUUGUGUCUAUCACCCAUUCAGUCAUUUGUGAAUCUCAGUAUUCCCUGUUUUCUUCCUUUGUAAUCUCUUUUUUUUUUUUAUGUAUACAUAUUGCCAGUAAUAUUCUUGUGGUGUGGUAUGGACAAUUCUGAACUUUCACUGCAGCACACACACUCACACACACACACACACACACACACACACACACACACACACACACACACACACACACACACACACACACACACACACACACACACACACACAACAGUUAGGUUGCUGUGCAUAUCUUCAUGUUGAAUUUCAAGAUCACAAUUCUGAGCCAUUUAUUUGUUUUUUUCUUGAUGAGGUGACCAAGCCUCAGUGUGAAAGUAGAACUCCCCAAAUAUCUCUCUGGCCAGGGAAUUGAACCCUGGAUGGAUCUCUUUACUAUUUAUUGGUCAUGGUGAAUUCCAUAUUACAAAACAUUUUUUCCACAACAGUUUCUGAUGUGCUGUUUGCACCUCUCAGGCACCUCUUCUCUUUCUCAGCCAUUUCUUAUUGUGCUUAUUGUUUACUAAUGUUCUUUAUUUGUAUGUUAGUAUGAUAAUUUUCUUCUCAUUCUUUUGAAAUCUGCAUGCAUUCCUUUUUCCAUAAUUAUCACAUUUUACAGGAAGUGGCAUGUAGGGGUUUUAAAUUGUUCUUGAUGUUGAAGGAAGCCACAACUAAUAAAGGUUUUGAAUCCA